AACAGCAUGAACCAUGGACCACUGUGAAGUGAAAUGUGAACAUCCAUGAAAGAAAAUGCAUUUCAUGAUUUCAGCAGCAGCACAGGUCAGCGAAGCAUUGCGGCUUAGUACAACACAACACGAUUAACAAGAAAGCCUCAGUGGUUUACCCUUACGUCAGAUUAACCAAAAAGUAUCGGUGCAUUCUCUUGUGUUUUGGAACGUCAGAUUGGAUGCAGGGACAAGGCGAUGGAUAUUUUUUUAAGGAAACGCGUCAUGCAAGAUGUAAAUGAUAGUGUUUGUGGCUAUUCAGUGCAGUGAGAGAAUGAGAUAGUGAAUCAGUGGAGCUGAUUUUAAAAUGUUACAGUUUAUUUCGCAGUUAAGAUUGCACGAAUGCGUUGUUGAGAUCGGACAUUUAGGGAAGCAAAUUUCUUUUAAUACGCAAUGGCUUCGAUUGAAACCACGAAGACUGAUACUGAAGAUAUGAAUGAACCCUUUCGCCGACAAGGUUCAUUACGACGAGUGCUUCCAUCACUUCCUAGUGGAGAUUCCCAGUUAAGUAUGUCUGCCAAAAUGAUUGACAGACCUGCAGUUUCUAGCCGUGUGAAUCAGAAUGCAUAUAAGCAAUACCAACUUGAGUAUGGCCUUAUUUCUGAAUAUAAAAUGUUGCAGAACCAAGAUAUUCCUGGAGUUUAUGUGAUUCCAUCUGCCCAUAGUUCUUUGUUGUGGUAUGGUGUGAUUUUUGUUAGGCAAGGAAUUUAUCAAGGAGGUGUCUUCAGAUUUAAAGUUUUAAUUCCUGAUGAAUUUCCUGAUGGUGGUUGUCCAAAAGUUGUGUUUGAGUCAAAUAUCUUCCAUCCAAUGAUCCAUGAUGACUCUGGGGAACUAGAUGUCAGGAAUGGAUUUCAAGAGUGGCAGAAAAAUGUGAAUCAUAUAUGGCAAGUUCUACAUUACUUGAGAAGAGCAUUUUUUAAAUUUGAGACCAAAUCACCAGUGAAUGAAUUAGCAUAUGAAUUAUACACAACCAAUCUUCAAGAGUUUCGAAAAAAAGCACAAUUGUGUGUGAAGGAGAGCCAAGAAAGAGUAUAUGACCCCCCUCCUACUGAUGAUCCCCACUAUAUAGCAUUUGAGCCGUAUAAUGAGGAUAUUCAUGGCCCUGUGAGAGAAUCUAUUUUCAAACAGAAGGAAGAAGAUGGUGGUUCUGUGGGUCCGUCCUGGGUGCAGCCUGGCUCUCUCCAGCCAUUUUCAAAGCCAGAUUCUUGAUGCUUACCAACUGUAGGAGCUUCAAAGAGAAUGAAGCUUGCUUGUUAAAAGUCUUUCUGCUGGUGUCAAGAUUCAUAAGUCAGUGUACUUGUGAAAUUAACUUGUUAAUAAGCCAGUUAAUCCGUUAGUGUUAAAAGAUCGUACAAUCAGACUUGUCAAAGACUUCCAGGGCAGUGGCACAAGCAAUAUUUUUAUACUUGUCAACUUUUUUUGCACUGUCAGUAUUAAUGUAUAGAACAAUCUGUAAUUUAUUUAUGAUACUGUAAAUAUGUUUGUUGGCUUGGCCAAGUAUACUGCAACAGUGAAAAUUUUGAUGGUAUGCUUUUACCUCUAAGUAAAGUGUUUCUAUACUGCUCUUCCUUUCUUACACUCCAGAUUAGAAGAAUGUUUGACAUAUUCUGCCUGUGUGGUAGGGAAAAAUCUCAUCUGUCAUGUGCCAUAUUUUUAAAAAUUGUAUUGAUUAUAGAUGUAACUUACAAGCAUGUUUUCUGGUAAUAGAAAAAUAUUAGGCUUUGCAGGAUAACUUCUCAAUUUAAUUUUAAAUUUAUUUUCUCUGAAUCACUGCAUAAAAUUUUGUAACAAUAUUUAUGCAACAUAAAAACUGUAACAAUUUUUAGACUUUUGAAAACUAUUUGGUUUUUGUAUUGUAUAUUCUUCUAAGCUGGAUAAUUGGGUAAUGGACAAGGUCUUCAUUUUCAUGAAUGAUUUAGUGGACAAAUUGUUGAACAAUUGGUGCUAUAUUUUCAAAGCGUGUGAGGAAUUGUAGUUUUGUCAGAUAGUUCAGUCAAAUGUAUAGCACCAUAUUGGCAAGAAUUGUUGUGCUGGUGCAAUGUAAAUUUUAUUUUUACUUUGGUAGUUUAACUUGAAGUGCAAGAUAUUUAAACAAUGUAAAAAUACAGUUUAAGAAAACAUUUAUUGUUAAAAAUUAUUUUACAAAUAAGUCUUUGCAACAGUUUUUCUCCUUUUCAUUACACUAAAAAUGUAACUUCAAAUCUGAAAAAAUUAAAGAAUUUUAAAUAUUUUUUUUUCCAUUUCUGUCCGUCUUAACUGAAACACUAAACAAAGGUAUCAAUCGGUAACAAACUGUAUUCAACAAAAAUUGUCAUGCAAAUAUAUUAAAAUAAUGUAAU